GACGCUCUCUUUGGCUGCGCUUCACGUCAUCUCAACCCAAAUAAUUUGCUAUAGAAGGAAACCGAAGAGUGGACAUACCGUUUUCUAUGAAUUUGGUCUGCACACGAAGUACUGUCUAGUAGCUACAUUUGUUAAUAUGGCUUGUUUUCUGUAUUUAUUGUAAAAGGUCGCGCGCAAGAAAAGGAAUUUCAUCAAGAUUUUUUGCGUUGUUUGUUAAAAUUGUGACGGUAUGCAGACAGGAUUUGUAAUUUGAGCACUGUAUUCGACAGUACUUUUCCGAAGGGAUAUACAUGUUUUACCUUGGCACACAAGGAAUGAUUUGAAUCCAAUCAAAAUGGCAUCGGCCAUUUUUUUUUUAAACAGAUUUAAAGAUUAUCUUCAUUUUGGGAGCUGCCGCUGAGCAGAACCACUCAGGCACUGAUACACUGAAGUGGUCAGGUUUUUCCCAAUCAGAAUCCUGCUUGAGAGAUGGAGGUGAUUCGUCACUCUUCUGUGUUUGCAGCCGGGGUGAUGGAGGCCUUUGAUCAUUCCCCGUCCGACAAAGAACUAGUGUCCAAGUCCAAGGCACUGUGUAGGGACUACAUACACUCUAGGCUCAACCUCUAUGGGCUAGGCUCGUCCAAAACUCAGGUGGACUCAACGCUUUGUGAUGUGGCUGCUGUGCUUCUCUGUCUCGGUGAUGAGCUGGAGUGCAUGCGGCCCAGUGUCUACCGGAACGUGGCGAGACAGCUCAACAUCUCAGUAGCCAUGGAGACCAUGGUUUCUGAUGCCUUCGUUGCUGUGGCAACAGAGAUAUUCGCAGCAGGUAUCACAUGGGGGAAGGUGGUAUCUAUGUACGCCGUGGCUGGGGCUCUGGCGGUGGACUGCGUGCGACAGAACCAGCCAGCUACGGUCCAAACCAUAGUGGACAGCCUGGGCCAGUUUGUCCGCAAUAACCUGGCCCCUUGGCUGAAGAAACGCGGAGGAUGGACGGACAUUAAGAGGUGUGUGGUGAAGUUAGAUGCCGUUCCUCAGACCCAUUGGCUGUCUCCCGUUGCCCAAUCCUGCAAGCACUUUCUAUCAACACUGUACAUCUACAUUAUGAAGGAGCCAUGAAAAGACUUGGGAGAAGAAUUCCAGGUUGAAAGAACACUUGAAGUCCUGAUGGAACACAUUUUCUGGAAGAUUGAUGACUGUCUAAACAGUGACUUUCCUUCUUGCCAAGUCACAGUAUCACAUUUGUACAAACAAUGACUGCUCUUCUUCCAAAGAGUAUUUCAUUUGGGUAGUUCCACCAAUUAGGUGCCCUUUUUAGUGCGACGAGCAGAUGAUCAACUUCAGAAAAUUCCACCCAGUCUUGGUAUUUGUUUCAUUAGUCCAUUGUUGAGGCCCAAAAUGUUUUGCAUGUCAACGACAAAGUUUGAUGUAUAACUUUCCAAAUAUAGAAAUGUAGCCCGUAUGAUGCAUCAGACUAGAAGUCAAAAUGCUGAAUUUGUCAUUUUGUUUAAUUUUCCAUGUGGUCUAUAUUAAAAAGGGCACUUCAUUUAAUAUAACAGGCUUUUAAAAUAAUUUGUGCACAAAAUAAAGGGACUCAAAGGAACUUAUUUUGUGGAAUGACCCAUACACUUCAGAUUAUGAACUUUUGCUCAGUAGUUGUACAGAACCAUGUAUCUUUCAGUGUCGUAAUGCAUUUUCCACUACUGUGUUGGCGUGAGUACUUUGGUAGGUGCUCAUACCUCUGGAUCUCACUUCAGUCUGAUACCUACAGCAUAUCAUCUCUGGGACUUUACACUGAAGAAAUGGACAAAGCAUCCAACAGUUUUUUUGCUGCACCACUGUAGAGGACAUGAAUUGUAUGAUGAGCUAUUACUGUUGUGGGAUGCACGUCUAGCCAGGCUUUGCACACUUUACAGUGCUGUAUUUGCUAGUAAUGAAACGGGGAGGGGUCAACCUUGCAUUUGUCCAAUAAGAAACUUGUUUGUUGCAAUGUUUUUGCUACGUGUGCCCUAAUGAAUACUCUCCCGUUGAUUUAUGGGGGAUAUUUUAGAAUGUUGGAUCUUUUAAAAUCUUAAUGUAUUUUAUUCAGAUACUGUAGUGAUGAUUGAAUCUUAAAGUAUCUUUCCUGUGGUCCAGUUGACUUAUUGUGCUGUAUAUACUUUCAUAUGCAAAAUAAACUUUUAAACACUA